GACCUGCAAUACCAACACGGCUUCGCAAAGCUUCUGAUAUAAAGCACUCCCAUGGAUGAGAACUAUACAUAUCAGGUGAUUCCGCUUCAUCUUCUGGAACCUUUGAUCCCACUUCUGUGAAUCUCCAUCAUAUAUGUCGAAAGGCAGUAUCGAGUCUAGUGGUCCGUGAGGCUGUAGCACCCCAGCAGGUUCCAACCAAAUGAAAACCUUCCUCCGCCGCAAGAAACGGCACGGCGACGGAGACGGAUCGAAAAACCAUUCAGCUGACGAUGAGCUUCGCGAUUCGGACGGUACUGCGUCCUCAAAUGUCACUGCACACCCCCCAUUGCCAUUGUUAUUUCGACACUCCCAUCAAAGUACCCAGUCGGGCCACAAGGACUCCACUCAUGAACAACAGCCAGUGUCGCAACCAAAACUUUCAUCGAAUAUCGAGGUGCGAAAACCUCCUGCCAAGGACCCUCUUGGUCUAGAAGUUAUCUAUAGACCGCCUGGAGAGCACAAGGUUGAUAUUGUUUUUGUACACGGCCUUGGUGGUGGUAGUCGAAGGACGUGGUCUAAAGGCAGCAAUCCUGACAACUUCUGGCCGCUUAACUUGCUACCAUUUGAGGCCGAAAUCGAGGAGGCGCGAAUUUCGACAUUCGGGUACAAUGGUACCUUUAAUGGACCAGGGAUCAGAAACUUGAUGCUGUUCUCGGAGCUUUCUAAGGAUUUUCUAUACAAUCUGAAGUAUGCAUCGUAUGAGUCUGAACAAGGGACAAAAUAUUUUGGGAUAGGUGAAAAGCCCAUCAUUUUUAUAGCCCAUUCAAUGGGUGGACUUAUAGUGAAAGAAGCAUACCUGGAAGGGCAAAUUGAUUUCCGGUAUAAGGAAAUCAUUAAAUCGGUCUCAUCUAUCAUAUUCCUCUCAACUCCACACCGUGGAAGCAACAUGCCUGAGACAUUGCACAAAAUUUUUGGGGUUACAAACAUAAAUUACCAUACGAAGUAUCUUGAAGACCUGGUGCCCAGGUCCCAAGUGCUACAGAGUCUGAACGACCGAUUCAGGCAUGUGGCAUCGAAUUUACAAAUUGUAUCGUUUUAUGAAACGCUCCCAACAGCAAUAGUUAUGCGAAAGAUGAUGGUGUUGGAGAAAGACUCAUCCAUUUUGGGCUAUCCUGGGGAAAUAUCAAAACCACUUAACGCCGAUCAUCGCGGGGUUUGCAAAUUUGAUGGGCCUAAUGACCCCAAUUACGUUAGUGUACGGAAUGUCAUCCAGUCACUCAUUAAGAGUCACAAGCCAAAUGUGAUGUUGGUUGCAGAGGAAGUCCAGGAGAGCAGUGUACCAAAGGUAUCAUUCGACUUUGAGGCAUACCUCUCAGCUCCUGAGUCACCAGAAAGAGACUAUAAUUUUUUCCGUGACAGGUGGACGCCAGGAACUUGUAACUGGAUUCUUAAAAAUGCCACAUUCAAGGAUUGGUUACAGGACACCCGCCGCAACCCCCGAGUUUUAUGGAUCAAUGGGAACGCAGCCAGUGGAAAAUCGAUCCUUUCGUCUUUUGUUAUUAACCACAUGGCUCAACUUGGUUGGUCCUGCCAGUAUUUCUUCAUUCGCUUUGAAAACAACAAGAAGCGGACGUUGAAUAAUAUGAUGCGAUCUCUGGCAUGCCAGCUGGCACGUUCCAUACCGGAAUAUGCCCAAAGGCUAAGGCAACUACAAGUUACGGGUGCUGAUCUUAAAACAGCUGAUUUCCAAAGCCUUUGGUUGUGGCUAUACCAAAGGAGUCUGGUCACAUUAGGCAUUAAACGUCCAUUGUUUUGGAUCAUUGAUGGUGUUGAUGAAGCAGAAAACCCUGAAUCUAUUGUAAGAGUUUUUUUGAAACUCUAUUCAGCGACUAUACCCAUCCGUGUGUUGGUUGUGAGCCGUCCAACACAUGAAAUCUCAUCAUCCUUCCAGAAACUACAGAAGCAGAUCCAUUCAGACAAAAUACACAUCGAAGGAAACCAAGAAGAUGUCCUCAGCUAUAUUACCAAUGAAAUGAAUCUCGCAGGAGAAUCUCCUUAUCGAGAGGACAUUAUCCGCCAGAUUCUUGAGAAAGCGCAUGGCAAUUUCCUGUGGGCCCGUUUUGCCGUGGAAAAAAUAAACAAGUGCCAUACCAGGUUAGAUGUGAAAGCGGCACUGAAUGAGCUCCCAUUGGGAAUGGAGGGACUUUAUGAUCGAAUGGCAAACACAAUCCAGACACAGCCCAAUGGUAACAAUCAGACGCUUUCCAAAAUUAUUUUGGUCUGGGCAACGUGCUCUCAGCGAUCUCUAAGUGUAGAGGAGCUUCGUGAUGCGCUGGGAAAGGAUAGACCCCUUGAUAUCUAUAGGGCUAUUACCGAUGUAUGCGGAGGAUUUGUGGUGAUUGAUAAUGAGGAGAAAGUUUCCAUGAUCCAUGCGACGGCAGUGGAAUAUUUGUUUCAGAAGGAUCGUGAAGAUCACCAGCUUGUUAUCAACCAGAAAACUGCAAACGACGAGCUAUUUAAGAGUUGCAUACUCUGCUUGAUGGACCCAAAACUUCGGAGUCGGGUAAAUCGAAACGAUCCACCAGUUUUCCUGGACUAUGCAAUGAACUUUUGGUUUAUUCAUCUAGCACAUGGAUCUGCUACUGAAACAGAUGUCCUCAUGCUACUGUUUAGGUUCUUACAGGAACCGCAUGUGCUGACAUGGAUAAGCAUAGCAGCCAAAAAGAAACAGCUGAGAGGGUUAAUAGAAGCUCCUCGGCACAUGGUGGCAGUUGCAAAUAUGUUAAGUGAACUCCAUAUACAGGAUGACAAUGCCAUAGAGCAGCAUAAAGCAAUUGAGUUGCUCACAAGCUGGGCGACAGAUCUUGUCAAUGUUGUUGGGAAAUUUGGAAGUUAUUUGACCAAGGACCCAGACUCAAUUUACAAAUUAAUCCCGCCUUUCUGCCCAGAAAACUCUGCCAUUUAUCGGCAGUUUGGGUGGAUGGAAAUGCAGGCACUUUCCGUUUCCGGAACCUCAGCCACUGAGACCUGGGAUGAAUGUCUGGCCUGUUUUUCAUUUGGGCCAGACGAUGAUGCGAGUACUAUUCUAGCAACCGGAAACCAUAUUGCCAUUGUGGUCUAUACCUCGUCAUCCAGCCACAUAUAUCUAUACAGCUCAAUCACAUUUAAGGAGGAGCGCCAACUUAUUCACCCAGAGUGGGUUCACGAGAUCAGAGCUGGUCAAAUAGGCGAUCAUCUUAUUACCUAUGGCCGUAAGGCUAUAAAAGUUUGGAAAAUAUCCACUGGUGAAUGCAUUAAGACAAUCAAUAAUGAGGCCAACAAUCCAAUGCCACAGGCCUUACUAUUUCACGACCAGCGGAACCGAAUUCUUGUUUUAGGCAAGGACAGAUGCAUCAUAUCAAUUUCUAUCAAUGAUGGCGAUACCGCUGAAUGGAAAAUAAAUCCAAGUAUUAUCGACAGGAGUCCGGAUGAUACUAAGUUAAAAGAACCGAUAUGUUCUGCCUUCAGCCCAGAUGGAAACAUGAUUGCAUUCGGCUAUAGUGGGCACUUGGUCACAGUGUGGGAGACACAAACCCAGAAAGUUGUUUCCAAGUUGAGCAUGAAAUUUCACAAAGAGAAUAUGACGAUCCCAAAAUAUAUCGACGGUGAAAUUGACAAUCUUUUGUGGCAUCCAUCCAGCGGAGAAAUUAUUGGCUUGCAACGCGACGGCUUAUUGUUCAAAUGGGAUCCAUAUGAUGAUGAAUCUAUUAUAAAAGUGAGGGUUGAGCAAGCAUACCGCCUGGCCAUCAGUCCAGAUGGUUCACGUCUUGCCACUGGUGAUGCAGAGCAUGUUAUCAAAAUAUUUGCAACGGCUGAUCUGUCCCUUCUACACAGCUUAUCGACGCAAGGCUCUAUCCGUAGCCUUUCAUUUAGCACCAACUCGAGGCGAGUGUAUGAUGUACGGGGAGGGUACGGCAAUGUAUGGGAGCCUAGCGGUCUAGUCGACCCCACCAGCGUUGUUGGAUCCCUUUCCCAUAAAGAAGAAUAUCAAUUUUCCAGAGCUCAAAAUAUCACGACCCUCUAUGGGCAAUCAAUGGCGCCUAUAUAUUGCUAUGGCACCGAAAACGGACCUGGGAUGUUGCGUGAGAUUGGCUCUAGGGCAGUAUGGCAGCUGAAAAAUGGAUUAGACGAUGUGCCUAUCCAUAAACUAGCGUUGAGUGACAAUGGAAGUCUAGCUGCAAUUGCAGACAUGAGUGGGAGGGUUUCCAUAAAGGUCAUUUCAAAAGACGACCAGGAGAGUGGUGACCUACAGAUUCACCACGACUUUGCAAUCAAUAUUGGUCGUAGUAGCGGAGUCAUAUCUCGAUUGCUAUUUCACCCAGGAGGCGGCCAGCUAUUUGUCGACACGACUCGUGCUAUAUACACCAUCAAUAUCACCUCUCAUGCUGUGAUUUCAUCAAAGUUCGUGCGUAGGAUGAUGAAAACACAAUGGAUAUGCCAUCCUACCAACCCCGAUUAUAUAUUGGGCUUUUCGGAUACCCUGGUCUAUGUUAUCAAUUGGGACAACGUGGAAGAGGUCAAAACGUUUGGAUAUUUCCCGCCCCGUCAGGAACUGCACCCAAAAUCGUCGUCAUACAAACUUGUACACAACCAAGAAUAUAACGACCGGGCUUCCGAAGGGGAACAAGUGCCCAACUCUAAGACCAGGGGACCCGAUAUCUUGCUCGAAAUUUUACAUCAUGAGCUGUUGGGGCAGCCUGGACGUGUGUACCUUGGAUUUAGUGUGGCGGAUAUCAAAGUUGGAUCUGAUGGUAAAGGCAGUUUGGUGGGCGACACGGAGGCCCCCAGCAAUAAACUUCCAUACACAAUAUUGCCUCAGAAUGUUACGUCUCACAUACGGGAACCUCUUGCGCUAUUAUCACAUGGAAGGCUCGUAUUCCUUGAUACAGAGCAGUGGAUAUGCACCUGGACUCUAUCUUCGGCUGUUACGAAAGCCCCGCAAGCGCACAGUAACUCAGAACGAGAGGACGCAGCUCCGGCCGCCUCCGAAAGGCCACAGGUCGUUAGUGACCACAAGAAAGAAACUUACAGAAGCAUCGAAAAGUAUUAUUUCCUCCCUGCAGAUUGGGUUACUUCAGGCGACGGCCAAGCAUGCUCCAUCAUGCGCGAUGGGACUUUGCUCUGUCCGGUACGAGGCCAUAUAUCAACGGUGCAAUGUGCGCGGCUUCGAACAUACUUUUCUUCGUGAUGCAACUCAAAAUAUACGGGGCCGUAUGGUGCUGUUAGCUGACUUUGUCUGAAAUUCCUUUUUUAAUCCAAGUUUACGGUAAGAGGCAGAACUGAGAUAGAGAGGGGUAACUCUGUCAGCACCGAGAUAGACUAUAGCAUAGGAA